AUUCAAACGGAUGGGAUGAGCCCCGGCCCCGUCACUGAUCACCGGAGUGCGGUAACGUUAUCCUCAUCGUCGCAGUGCUUCGCUGCUGCUGGAAACGGUGUCUGUGAUCGAUCAGGUGAUGGAGACUCGGAUCAGUGCUCGGCUCGGAUUCAUCUGCUCGGUUCUUCUGCUUCACUGUGUCCACGAAACCCGUGCAGCCGUCUGCAGUCAGGAGCAGUUCAGGUGUGCGAGCGGGAAGUGCAUCACCAGCCGCUGGGUUUGUGACGAGACGGACGACUGCGGCGAUGGGAGCGACGAGCUGCCAGAGUCCUGCGGCCAGAAGACGUGUUUGUUGGGUCAGUUCAGCUGCGGCGGGCGUCUCAAUCAGUGCGUGUCCACCAGGUGGCGCUGCGACGGGAAGACUGACUGCGAGAACGGCGCAGACGAGCAGGGCUGCGUGUUGAGGACCUGCGCAGACGAGGAGUUCCGCUGCCGCAGCGGUCAGUGCGUGUCGCUGGCGUUCGUGUGCGACUCUGACUCUGACUGCGACGACGGCAGCGACGAGGCGUCCUGUCCUGUGCCCACCUGCAGCCCCGGAUCCUUCCAGUGCAAUAACUCUGUGUGUGUGCCGCGGCUCUGGGCCUGCGACGGUGACGCCGACUGCGCAGACGGCUCUGACGAGUGGCCGCAGAACUGCCCAGGCGGCACGGGUCAGAAGCCGCAGACGGUGUGCCGCGAUCACGAGUUCCUGUGCGCCAGCGGCGAGUGUGUCCACGGCAGCUGGAGGUGCGACGGAACCGGCGACUGCGCAGACGGCUCAGACGAGCACAACUGCACCGCGCCCACCUGCCGGCCGGAUGAGUUCCUGUGUAACGACGGCAGCUGUGUCCCGGGAAUGCGUCAGUGUGACGGGAAUCCUGACUGCCGGGAUCACAGCGAUGAGACGGACUGCGUCACCGUGAAGGCGUGUGCCGGGCCGGGCAGGUUUCAGUGUGGCAGUGGCGAGUGCAUCAGUGCAGACCGCGUGUGUGACGGUCAGAGAGACUGCCGCGACGGCUCAGACGAGCCUCUCAAAGACUGCAACACUAACGAGUGCCUCACGAACAACGGCGGCUGUUCCCACACGUGCAGCGACCUGAAGAUGGGAUACGAGUGUGUGUGUCCGGCCGGAUUCCACCUGAUCAACCGCACACACUGUGAAGACGUGGACGAGUGUGCAGACGCAGACAGAUGCACUCAGAUCUGCAUAAACCUGCCGGGCAGCUUCAGGUGUGACUGUAAAGACGGGUUUGAGCUGGAUCACAUGACCAAAGACUGCAAAGCGGUAACAGGGUCCGGUGCGUUCCUGCUCUUCAGCACGCGGCACGAGGUCAGGAAGAUGGCGCUGGGCAGCCGGACGUACACGGCGCUGAUCCGCCGGCAGAAGAACGUGGUGGCGCUGGACGUGGAUGUUCACAACGACACCAUCUUCUGGUCUGACCUGAGUCUGAAGAAGAUCUACAGCGCCGCGGCCGCUGACCCCGCCCACCACAGCACUGUGAUUGACAGCCGGAUCUCCCGCCCCGAGGGUCUGGCGGUGGACUGGGUCCACGGGAACAUCUACUGGACGGACGGCGAGCUGCGGACCGUCUCCGUGGCGACGGCAGACGGCAGCAAACGCAAGACGCUGGUCAGCGAGGGCCUGCAGAAUCCGCGCGCGAUCGUCGUCGACCCGCAGCGCAGCUUCAUGUUCUGGACGGACUGGGGCGAGGCCGCGCGGAUCGAGAGGAGCGGCCUGAACGGCGCGGACCGGACGGCUCUGGUGACUGACCACAUCGCCUGGCCCAACGGCGUCGCGCUCGAUGUGCUGAGCGGCCGUCUCUACUGGGUCGACUCGAAGCUGCACACUCUGUCCAGCAUCGAUGUGAACGGAGACGGACGGCACACACUGAUCCAGGACCAGCACACGCUGCCGCACCCGCUGGCGCUCGCCGUGUUCGAGGAGAAAGUGUUCUGGACCGACGUGUCCAAUAACGGCAUCUGGAGCGCUAGCCGCGUGACGGGGCGAGACGUGGCCGCUGUGGCCGAGCAUCUGCAGUGGGCCGAGGACAUCGUGCUCUAUCACAGCCUGAGACAGCCGUCUGGACGGGACUGGUGCAGAGACGCGGCUGUGCUCAACGGCGGCUGUGAGUUCCUGUGUCUGCCGGCGCCGCAGACCAACACACACUCGCCCAAAUACACCUGCGCCUGCCCUGAUCACCUGAGCCUGGCCGCAGACAUGAGGACGUGUGUGUCAGGAAAUAAUGCAGAACAAGAGCUGGUUUCCAACCCUUCCCAGCAUCCUAGGGUCCUGUACAUCACACUUCCCAUCGUCGCCGUGUGUCUGCUGGUGGUUGGCAGCGUGUUGCUAUGGAGACACUGGAGGAUGAAGAACACCAACACCAUCCACUUCACCAACCCAGUGUACCAGAAGAAGACCGACGACACGGUGCACAUCUUCAGGAGCCCCAGUCUGGACGGAUACUCACAUCCCUCGUGUCAGAUGAUCAGUGUGGAUGAAGACGCAGCCUGACGCUCCUCCAGAAGCUCAAGGUCACUUUAAUGCUGCUCUGAAACAGUCGUCCUCAUGUGCGAAACGACCCCGGGAUCAAGCUUGAAUUUUAUGUUGCCAUUAUGAUAUAAGGAAUGAAGACACACACACACACACACACACACACACACACACACACACACUCCUGUUGAACGGACGUCAUCACAGUGAAGAGCAGAAGAGACUCUUCAGGAGUCUGUGGCUUUGCUACAAACACAACGCUGUUUCAUUUGUGAUUUGUGAGCUUUUAAGCUUAUUGAAGGUUAUGAUAUUUAAACGCUCCUUGUAUGUAUUUAUGAUUAUGUGGAGGGCAGACCGGUGUCUCUCUCUUCUUGCACUAUACAUGUUGACUGUCACAGACUUUAUUUAUGUUUCUCCUUCGCAGACACACUUGAACAGUCUGUUUGAUUUGUUCUGAUGAAGUGCUGUGUGUAUGAAUGCUUUGGGAGUAAUGACUCGUUCUGUUACUGCUGCGGUUCGUUAGCUCAGGCGUGUAGAUUGAGUUCUGGGCCUUAAACCUGAUUGUGCCUGUGCAUUAUGUGUCAUAAUGUUUGAAUGCCUUUGAGGUUCGAGAGGGACUCAGGAAGAUUCAGAUGACCUCUGACCUCACCUGUCCGUUUGUGUUGUUGUUGUAGCGCACGGCUAUUUAUUCGCAGGCUUGUGCAGUAUGUUUUCUGAAGGAUCGCAGUGUUUUUAUCACACUAACAUCUGCAGGUUUGUCUCUGUAAAUACUCACUUUAUCACACCGUCUUAAACCCAAGACGUUCUUCGAAGGACACUCUUAUUUGUGUAUGUGUGUGAUUUUGCUUUUAUCUUUUAAAGGUAUUGUUUGUUUAUCAGAUGUGAUAUUGAAGUGUCCUCAGAGAUCGAUGUGCACUACCGAGGGAAUGAACCCGUCUGUCAAUCAGAGACUUUUAUAGUUUAUGAAGGACGAAGCUCGAAUGUGAAGGAGAGCUCUUGGAUGGGUUCUGGUCGUGUGAGGUCAGGGUUACUCUUGUGAAGAUCAGAAGAACCCGUUCCUUCAUCUCUGAUCUGAAUGUUCUACAAGUCCAGAGAAACAGAUGACACCCAAAGAAACAACUCCUCUGUUUUUGACAAUGUUUUUCAAUAAAUGCAGAUUUUGAACCCAGAA